AUGUCGUACGUUAUUCGGGUUAUAAUUUUCGAUUCUUUAAGGCGCUCGUAUUAUGGAUCAACUGGAGAUCCAUAUUUUCUGCGGAGUGAUCAGUCAACAACACACAAACUAAAAAAUGCCUACUGGACAACAAAACAGGUUGUUAUCAAAAAGCUAGGCCGGAAAGAAGAUGAGCAUCUCGUAGCUUCUGAUUGCGAACUUGAUUCUAAACUCGAGUCUAACCACCGAAAGAUACGAAGAAGUUAUUUGUCGCUUGCUCUAAGAGCUCCUCUUUCACGUUUGCAUAACGAAAUAGAGACAUUUAGAAAUAGGGCGGUUGCUGAUUCGAAUGUUACUAUUCAAAGAAUGGAAAGUUCAAGGACAGACUAUCGUGGUGCCCUUCUUUGGAUGAAAAAUGUCAGUGAAGAAUUGGAUCCCGAUGCCCUUAAACAAUUAGAUAGAUUUAGAAGGGUUCAAGCGCAGGUUCGCAAGGCUAAGACAAACUUUGACAAACUCAAACUUGAUAGUAUGCAGAAAAUAGACUUGCUAGCAGCUAGCCGUUGCAAUCUUCUCAGUCAUGUAUUAGCAGACUAUCAAAAAAUGUUGCUACUAUUUUGGGAAAAAACUGCGAAGUAA